AUGGGAAAGAUAAUAUUCUAUGAGGACAGAAACUUCCAGGGUCGUAACUAUGAGACCAGUGGUGACUGUCCUGAGUUGACCGCAUACCUGAGCCACUGCUGCUCUUGUAGAGUGGAAAGCGGCUGUUUCAUGGUCUAUGAGCACUCCAACUUUAUAGGUCACCAAAUGCUAGUGAGAAGAGGAGAUUAUCAUGAUAACAAGCGAAUCAUGGGUAUGAGCACGAGCGACUGCAUCAAAUCUUGCAAAAUGAUUCCAAUGCAUAAAGGAACAUUUAGAAUGAGAAUCUUUGAAAAGGAGAACUUUGUUGGACAAAAAUAUGAGCUGAUGGAUGACUGCGAGUCAAUCCAGGAACGAUUUUAUAUGUCCGACUGCCAGUCCUGCAAUGUUACACACGGCCACUGGCUUCUGUACGAAAGGCCCAAUUUUGAGGGCAGAAUGAUAUACAUCAGGCCCGGGGAAUACAGUACUUUCAGUGAUAUGGGUCUAGGCUCAAUGAAAAUCGCUUCCAUCAGACGCAUCAUGGAGUCCUGUUAA